UUCAAUUACAAGCCAAUUACAAGAUCUUACAUAUUGAUUAAACUUAAAUUGCUAACAAGUAGAAUAUAUCAUAUUUGCUAUAAUCAUCUUCCCUAUCCUUCUAUUAUAUCAAAUCUAAUUUUGGUAGCGUCAAUUCAAUACUGAGUUCACAUAUGGCUGAAACGAAAAGUGAAAGCAAGACAGAGCCACUGCUAAAUCAUCAUCCAGAUUCUAUUGUCCCAUCUUUUACUCAAUUUUAUAAUAAUGACAGGCCUAUUACUGAGAUUAUUGAUAGCUAUGAAGAUAGCGCUGGAACCAAAUCAGAAAGAUUGGGAUUACGAAGAUUUGCUAAGGCUUGUACUAUUAGAUUUGGAGGAAUUGUUUCAAGUUUAACUCCUAACGAUGAAAGAAGUUCAGACACUCUUAAAGGUUCAGUCUAUGGGAAGUCAAAUUUGUUGGGACUCGAUUAUAAGAAGAUUCAACAGAUUGAAAAGAACCAUAAUGAAGAAAAACUUCGCUUCAUAUCUCUGAAGAAUAAUAGUAUUUAUACAAUUGAUAAUGAUAACAUUAGUAACUCGACUGUUGUGAAUCGAGGGCAAAGAACAUUAAGAGAUAAGAAGUUAUCAUUGGAAAAUAUCAAUAAGGAUAGGAGAUCAGCCAUCGACAAUAAAGUGCUUAAUACUAAGAAGAGCUUUGACAACUUAAAAAGCAGAGUCAUAUUAAUAAAGCAUUUACCCAGUGAUGCUAGUUUGAGUUCAAUUCUUGGUCAAGUAUGUGGAGGUCCCUUAGAACGCUUUGUUUUCAAAACUCUGAAUGAUAAAGAUAAUAAUUAUAUUGAAUUACAUUUUGUGUUUGUUGAUCAUGCAAUGAAUUUUUAUCAAUAUAGUAAAUGUGGACUCUUUCUUGUCAACAAUGUUCAUCCAAUCACUGAAUUUGCAAAUAGAUUCAAUAGUGACGAACUUGAAGUAUUUCAUCCUAUAAUCUCCAAAUCACUUUUAUAUCAUAUCACUCAUGAUGGAUCAAGAAGAAUUUUGAUAUUUGCUAAAACCAUUUAUAGAAAAGGUUGGGAGUUUUUAAAUGAUUACAGAUUUCCUGAACCAUACUCUCAUUUCUCAUUUGGAUUAGAUAUGGAAAAUAUCAAAAGAGAUUUCUCUGUAUUUGGAGAGAUCAAUGAAGUUGGAGCUGUUGUUUCAAGGAAAUUAUGUUUUAGUUUACAUUUUACUGAUAUAAGAUCAGCAAUUAAUGCUAAGAGAGAAUGUGAAAUUGAAGGUACUGAGUUCAAUAAAAAAUAUCAAGAAUGGACUAUAUUGUAUGGAAAAGAUAUUACUGAUAGACCAUGCUACAAACUCUAG